AUGACAGAACAGCAGGGAACCCCUGACCAGCUGCCUGCAGAGAAGGGCCAAGGAGGGGCUGGAGCCACAUACAAGCUGGCAGUUUUUGAGUACGAGAACUUUCGUGGCAAAAAGAUGGAGUGGUCUGGUGAAUGUAAAGAUGUGUAUGAGAAGGCACAAAGAGUUGGUUCAGUCAUUGUGGAGUCGGGACCAUGGGUGGGGUUUGAGCGUCCAGGUUUUGCAGGAGAGCAGUACGUGCUUGAGAAAGGAGAAUAUCCUCGAUGGAGCACCUGGACCAACUGGCAGAGUAACUACAAUCUGAGCUCCUUCAGGCCUCUGAAAGUGGACAGCGCAGAUCACAAGCUGUUCCUGUUUGAGAAUGCUGGCUUUGAGGGCAGAAAGAUGGAGAUUGUUGAUGAUGAUGUCCCCAGUCUGUGGGCUCAUGGUUUCCAGGACCGUGUGGCCAGUGCUAAGGCUGUCAGUGGAACAUGGGUGGGAUACAUGUAUCCAGGCUACAGAGGGCGCCAGUAUGUGUUUGAGCAUGGAGACUUCAAGCACUGGAACGAUUGGGGAGCCACUGCACCUCAGAUCCAGUCCGUCCGACGUGUGCGGGACAUGCAGUGGCAUAAGAGAGGGUGCUAUAUUGCCCCUGCACCUGCCCCGACCCCUGCCCCAGCCCCCGCCCCCGCCCCAGCCCCGACUCCAGCCCCUGCCCCUGCACCUGCACCACCCAAUCCCAAACCCAAUCCCAACCCUGCUCCCAACCCCAAAUCCCAAGCUCAACCCCAAAUUUAA